CGGGUCUGCGCAAUAUGGCCGCCACCGUUAGACUGACAGAAACUGUUGACAUUUGCUUCGCAUCGUCCGAUGUGGACGCCGAUUGGUCUGUGAUGGUGAGGGAAUGCGCAGUCGAUAUGGUAUUCGCGCUUUUGAACAGAAAUUGUCGUUGUCGCUUCCUAAUCGCCUCAAACUCCAAAAGCCAAACAAAAAAACUUGACUGGACGCAAACAGCCUGAGCCGGCGGCGGCAGGAGCUGUUUGGGGCGGCAGGGGUGAGAGAUUCGUAUCAGCUGAAGGUGUAGGGAGGGUGCCAGGCCCUAUAGGAGGGGUAGGUAGUUGCAACUUGCAAGAUUCUUACAGAUAGUUGUGCGGGUACGGGUAGUUGUACCAUACUGCCUUGGUUGAUUACCUGGUUAUACCCAAGAUUACAAGACAUCUUUAAGGAACGUUGUACCUGCCUUGGCCUGCUCUGAAGAUUUAUGCUUACUUUCCUCCUAAAUGGUCCUCAGUGAUGAACGGCUUUAGCACGGGUGACGAAGAUUCCCGGGACUCUCGCGCUUCACACGGCCAGACGUGCUGCCUGCGAGACGAGGUGGGACGUUGUACACGUCCAGCUGGAAACGCCUCCUACAACAAACGCAUUCAGAAGAUUGUAGCUCAGCGCAAGCUUAUGCUUUGCAUGGACGAACAGGCAUCGCACAUCUACAUCUGCGACCAGCACAAGAACAUGAUCCAGUCGGCGCGCUCGCGGCGGCGGCGGCGCGACUCCGAGGAGCCGGACGAGGAGCCGGAGCAGCCCGAGAUCGACCUCUUCAACCUGCAGAUCAACACGCUGAGGCGCUACAAACGCUAUUUCAAGCUGGCGUCGCGGCCCGGCCUCAACAAGGCACAGCUGGCCGAGAUCCUGAUGAAGCACUUCCGCACGCUGCCCGUGGCCGAGAAGGAUAUCCUCACCUACUUCAUCUACACCGUCAAGACCAACCGCAACCGGCUGCACCAGAAGCCGUCGUCGGCCGUGGAGCCGAGCUAGGCCCGGCCAGCCGGCCGGAGUGUGACGGGACGACGGGCGGGACACCGGCAGCGGACCGACCCAGGGCGUCUGACUGGGGCCGGUCCGGCACCCUGCCUCCAGGGAGGUCCUCAGGAGCCGCGGAGGGACGGAGGCCCGUGGCGGCUCGUGGGUGUACACCGCAGAGCGGUCCUGUGUGUGCUGGUGAUGGUGUUUUAUUAUUUGAUUCGUACACCGUGAAUGGUGCAUGUCGCGCACCGGUGCCCGGUUCCGGCUGGCGUUGUGUGCGCGCUGGUCACGGGACUAGGCUUGCUAUGCUCUAACCUGUUGAGUUGAGUGGGACGGGGUCGUGUGCCGACCGUGUCUGCUCGUUCACAGUCAUUGGCCCGCUUUAGCUGCGCUUUCUAUACUGUCGUUUACGUGACGUGACAGGUGUUCCGACUGUCCGGUGACCAGCCGGCGCCGAUCUCAGUCGAGCAGCCGCCUCCCGCCGGGCGGUGACCGGUGGCCGCCGGACGCCCGCUCUCCGCCCUCCAGUGUCCAUAGAUCCGACCGGGUGUCCGUGUGUUCUGAGCGCUCCGUGUGUGCAUGUGACUGUGAGCAGUUUUGGCCGUAACGCCGCCUUUCAUGAUAGGACCGAUCAGUGUAUGAUCAGCACGUCUGGAGAAUCGAGUGUCACAAAAUCAUGUUCUGAAUAGCUAGAUAGGACGCCCCGUGGUUUCGACAGGCGUUGUUUUGAUUUGUUUCGUAGUCUGUCCGAUGCUGAUACGUACUCGUGCGGCGACUGCGGUGUGCGGAGGGAGGGUAUUUAUUACGUGUUCACGUGUCUGGGCGCGGCCACAGCGCCGACCGGGAGCGCUGCGAGCUUCCACCGCUGUCGACGAGGCGCUGCCGUGUCCCGCCAAUCUGACCGCACCGCUCCAUGCCCGCUGGACAGUGAGGGGUGGCUGGCGCGCGCGCACCGCUGUGCACUUGGUUACCAGUGUUUUCUCUCGGAGGAGCGAUAGAUUAGCGGCUGAGGCGCGCCGGUCGGCGGCAGAGGAGGGCGAUCCUGCUGUGAUCGACAGGCCAUGCUGGGCCCGAACCCGCUGAAUACAUCCGUCUUAGCUUCG